ACGCGCGCCCGAACCUAUAUAAAAACGUCGAGCUCCGAGUCCUCCGCCCGCAGAUAAUAUGUAGCCGCGUCGCGUCCCACCACUGCGGCCGAUCCGAUCGCUGGAUCUCUCCCGUUUCCGAAGUGUGUUUUUGAACGAGCGUCGCAUACAUGGUACCUGGUUUCCGGGUCCUUCUGGCAGCCGAUGUCACCGCCGCCGCCACCGCAUCCGUUCGUCCCCUCGUAAAUAAUUUAUAUUUACACAAAAAUCACGAUACGUCGUUUUUCCCGCGUUGACCACCCACCCGCCCGCCGACGGACGGAACCAAACGUCCGCCGCCACUACCCGUUAUUCGACAUAUACCACCAGUGUUCUACGACUUGUAUACCGGACCUGCUGCAGGAAGAAAGGUCAAAAUGUCAACGAUAUCAAGUUUUUGCGAUAUUUUGAUGGUGAAAGUGGUUGGAGAUCCUGAUUGGCGGCAAAGAUUUGUCGUGCUUAGCAAUAGUACACUAUGGAUUUAUGGGGAUGAUCAAGAUCCACGAAGGACAAAAAUUCAUGCAGUAAGAGACUUGGCAGUAUGCCGAAGAAUUUGCGACGGAAGCCACUUAGUUUUGCAUAUCAAAAACAUAGCUAAAUUGGAUUGGUUUAAGAUUAAAUUUAACACAGAAAAACAACUAAUUGCUUGGAAGAAACGUUUGCGACAAGUAAAAGAAGCUUGGAAUGAAGAGACUUAUUUUCAAUACCUUAAUCAAAAAUCUCAGCUCAGAUCUCCAUAUGAGCCAUUAACUAGGAUAAAUCAACAGGUGCCUAGUAAUAAAUUAUCAAAGCCUCCACGCAUGCCAUUUUCCAGGAGCCGUUCACUUCAAGAAAUAAUAAGUUGGGAAAAGUUACCCAUGACACUCACUCAAGUAAACAAGGAGAUGCUUUGCGGAAUAAACGAUAUAGACGCAAUUUUAGUCAGAGUUCGAUUAUCAAUAUUGGAAAACGAAAUGGCUUACAACAGAGAAAUGGACAAAAUGUUAGUCGCUUUUAAAAAACGAGCUCUAUGGCCAGAUUAUUUCCUGAUGGACGACAAAUCGUUAAUUGAACAAACGCUAUCUAAAUUGAAGGAGAGCUCAGACACACUUUUGCACGACGUCGAAGAUAUGUGGCCAGACGCUCCUAUGGUAUUACAGAGUUUGGAUGAUCUAGCUGAUUUGUUAAUUAAACACUUGAAAUCAGUGGCAAGGACCCGAAUGAUCACCUACUGCCAUCUUCUACGGGAUUUUAGGCCUUUCUUACGUAAUAAUCUAGAGAGCGUGGACGACAUAUACGCAGAUGUGUACAGCGAACACUUUUAUAUGGAACGAGCGCUUCUGCCGAUCUUCCGGGUCUACAAGUUAAAAGGCAUAUCUAAAAAGCUGGCUGUCAUGUUAUUCACUGAGAAGGACACCAACAGCGCACGUUGGAACAAACUGUUCGACCUGUGUCAGGAGACGCUGACCGAGACGUACGGCGAGCUGUCCAGACUGUUCGGCGACUAUUACGCGCUGAGCGUGACGCAGUUGUUCGCGUUCAGCGACAAGCACGCGGCGUUCGAGCGCAACGGCAACAUGAGCCUGUUCGAGAAGUUUGAACUGGCCAGGGAGGUGAGCGAGAUAUGCGACUCGGUGGUGCCGCUCAUCAAGGUGGUGAUCGUGGAGGGCGGCAAGCGCGGUGACGGUACCGCCGCGGCCGCGUCCGACGACGUGGUGGCCGCGGUCGAGGCCGCGGCGGCCGGUCACCGGCGCAGAUGCGGCGCCGACUGCUGGGACGACGGGUAUGGGAAGCGGGACGCCCGGCCGUUUGAGAAAAUGACGUGCAAAAAUCCGUUCGGCACCAUCAUGGAAUACGACGUGGACAGGAAGGCGGCGUGCCGGAAGAACUGCGGCGGCGGCGGCGGCAACAACAAGAACAGGCAGAGGAAGACCGCGGCGGCCGGCAAGUGCAUCGAGCUGAAGGUGUACUCGCGUUCCGUCAACUAUUUCCACGAACAGUUCGACGAACAAGCGGUCGUCUGCAGCGGGUUCGUCGGGACGCGCACGUCGUCCGCCGUCUCACUGCCCUACUGACGGGUCGUUUAAUAUAACAAUAUUACGUACUAUGUUGUGUAUGAAGACAUGUAUGUGCGUGUUCUUAGAGACCGAGAGCGGUUGAUAUAGAGGAGCUUCGAUGGGGCGGUCUCGUCCUCAAUCACAAUAUUAUUUGAAUUUAUCUAUUACCAAAUAAGAGCGUCGAGAACGAUAUAUAUAUAUAUAUAUAUAUAUAUAUACAUAUAUUAUAUUUUUUUUAAAUCGUAAAACAUUACGCCUACGCAUUAUCACACACACACGCACGCACACAUACACACGCGCCGUCACAUCACGGCAUAACCGGCAGACAGCAGUAAUGAAGGUACUACACCGGUACAACAGCGGCGUGCCCUGCGGAUUUGUCGAAUGUGGCAGAGAGGAUAUGAUUUUUUUACUAUUCUCUUAGAACGAAAAAAUAAAAAAAUAUGUAUUCUCGCAUUCAUCUAGUUAAUGUUUUAAUUAAACACAUCAUUGAUCGCGCGCGUUUUCAAAAAUCACACAGAAAAAAUAUUGGGCUUAGAAUUUUUGGUUUAGACAAUACCCUAUGAGAAAUCAAUAGACAGAAAUGAGCCAAAAGGAAGAUUCGGCACGUUCAUUCCUCCCCCCCCCCGCUCGCCACGAGCACGUUCGCGUACAGUACAUCGGUAUUCUGAUAUUAGGGAAUUACGGUCGACCCGGCGUAAUGUGCCUACCGAUAAUCCGGAGAGGGCCGCGAUUCACGACAAUAGUACUUGGGGCGCGUACCACUUAGGCAAUUCGAUCCAAAACGUCAACUGUAUGGGCGAAUAUGUAAACCACGAAAAAUACUGUUUGGCCGAAUAAGUAUGAAGUAUGAAUAGAUUUACAGAUAUUUAAAUUUAAAUUAAUAAAAAUAUUUUUAUGUACUUUAAUUGAAAAAAUGAACAUAAUAAAAUCACAUAUUAUAGGUAACUAUUAUGUCAUAAUAAUGUCACUAUAAUCAAAUUCAUAUAACUAUAUUAUUAGUAAUUUAGUGAAUUUAAAAAAAAAAUAUUGGUACCUACAAUAACAUUGUAAUAUACCUAUAUUAAUUUUGUCCCCAUAAAAAAUGCAUACAUAUCAUUCGUACACGUGAGGAUAAUUAUGACAUUCGCCUAAACGGUGUCAGUGGUGUUCGCCCAAACGGAUUAUAAAGUUUUUGGUCAAAAUUAUUACCACCACCCUCUAAGAGGAAUAAUAAAGAGGUCUCGGUCAGAUAUUUUAUUGAUAAUUUUUUAGAAGGCGGAGAGGAGAGAAUUCACAAUUUUUAGAAAAGUUUCGUCGCGAUGCAUGAGUAUAAAUACCUACGUAAUAACUGUAAGUUUGAGUGCAUUUCUUUUUUCCCCGGCAUAAAUAGUGAACUGUAGAUGAGGCUUAUUGACGGCGCAAUAUCUUAAAAAUAGCAAUAAAAAUAUUAUCAUAGUAUCAAGUAUUUAAAGUUAUUGAAUAUAUAGUGGCGAUGCUACAAUGCGAGAUAAAUCAAACGCAGCAAUAUAGGUACUAUUCAAAUAUAGAGAAUACAUUUUAGAUGUCAAAAUUUUGUAACAACCACGGUGUGUAAGCUCUAGUUGGUUUAUCUAUAGUAGAUACGGUACCUAUACCUACUUAGUUGUUUUAUUUUUAUAUAAACUUCCACGAAUAAGAUAACAAAAAAAAAAAAAAAAAAUGUUAUUUAAUAAACCAUAUAUCAAAAUUUGUAUCAAUGAAAUAUAGUUGUAAGAACGCAAUUGCACACAUUUUGUAACGCCAUUAUAAUGUCAAUAAAAAAAUAAAAUUUCACGGAGUUCAA